AUCCAGUUGGCUAUGUGGAGUUUCUGUCCUAUCAAAGUUCUGUCUAAGCCAUUUUGCCAAAAGGUACACAUCUGCUGCAAGCUUCAAGCCAUGAAGGCUUCAGGGAAGCAUCUACCAAAGGUUUAUAUAACCAGAAGAAUUCCACCCGAUGGCUUGAGCAUUCUGAAGCAGUCUGGAAGCUGUGCGAUUGAGCAGUGGGAUUCUGAUGACCCCAUUCCACGUUCUGAACUACUCAAGAAGGUUGUUGGGAUUCAGGGAUUGUACUGUCUUUUGACGGAGAAGAUUGACAAAGAGGUGCUGGAUGCUGCAGGUCCCAGCCUUAAAGUGGUUAGCACCAUGUCUGUCGGAUAUGAUCAUUUAUCGCUAGAAGAAUUAAAAAAGAGAGGCAUCCGGGUUGGAUUUACCCCAGAUGUACUUACUGAGGCUGUGGCUGAGCUGACAGUAGCACUUUUGCUGGCAACGUCUCGACGACUUAUUGAGGCCGUGGAUGAAGCAAAAAAUGGUGGAUGGGGCACGUGGAAACCCCUCUGGAUGUGUGGAAGUGGACUGACUGGGAGCACUGUUGGAAUUCUUGGUUUGGGAAGAAUCGGUGAAGCCAUCGCCAAACGGUUGAAACCUUUUGGAGUGAAAAGAUUUAUCUACAAUGAUAUUGCGCCAAGAGCAGAACUGGCUACAAAAAUAUCUGCAGAAUUUGUAUCCCUGGAUGAACUGGCUAAGCAAUCUGAUUUCAUUACUGUAUGCUGCGCUCUAACCCCAGAUACACAUGGAAUCUGCAACAAACAGCUAUUGUCCAAAAUGAAAAAGAACGCUGUGUUUAUUAACACUAGCAGGGGAGGUGUUGUAAACCAGGAUGAUCUCUAUGAUGCCUUGGCGAACGGACAGAUUGCUGCGGCUGGACUGGACGUUACGGUUCCAGAGCCGCUUCCUACAGAUCAUCCACUUUUCAAAUUAAAAAACUGUGUCAUUCUUCCUCAUAUUGCAAGCGCCACUGUUGAAACAAGAAAUGCAAUGGCUGCCCUCGCCGCUAAUAACCUGCUGGCUGGUCUGAAAGGAGAUGUAAUGCCAAAGGAGGUCCCUCUCUGAUAAUCCAUCCCAUAGUCUUGGAAUAGCUAGAGAAGGCGGCUUGAUUCUUCAAAACCAGAAUUCAUCAUGAGACGUCAUUGGCCUCCGCACAGUAAUAUUUGGCAUCCUGUGUAUUAUUAUGGCAUACAAUGUUCUUUCCAAUGUGAUUGUUACAGAUGAAAUAAAAAGUAAAUAGGA